GUGCACAGACGUAGAGUAGUUCGAGAUUUGGACAAGGGAACACAGCUAACAAACAGGGACACAACUGAUUACAAUGGAGAUAUCAUUGCGCUUUUUGGAUAUCGGAUAUAACAACGAGCUUUUCCAAGCUCAGCACUAAAAUCCGGUUACGGACCAUGAAUGGCACCAUCUAAAGUGCGUUCUCUUCAAAAUUAGCCUAAGUAGGUUUGUUUAGCCCUUCCUGUUAGUAAGUCGUCGGAUACAACAUUAUUGUUGGUUAAUAGACAGCCUACAGAAGAUAUGGUGUAUUACAGAACGACAGAGCAAAUAUGGAUACAGUUGCGCAAACGGAUGUAGGAUUUAUUGACAUAGCGCAAAAACGUUUCGGACAAGACACUGUUAUUCGAGUAGGCUAGUGGAUUUUGGGCGAGUUGGUCAGCUUUGAAACUUGCCGUAAAGCACGGGUUAGCAGGACUGAAUGCUCCUUUCCUGCUAUUCUUCUCCACUCCUCAGCGCUUCCUGCUUAUGGUGGCCACUGCACUUAAUGGCUAAAAAUACAAAGAAACUCAAAAUGGACAACGAAAUGGACAUGGGACCUUGCAUUGGAGCUGUAAUUCCCCAAUGUUCUGGGUAGGCUAUUGUAUAGCACCUGUUGAUAAUUGCAUGACACAUCCACACAGGCAACAGUCAGCUUUGUCCUUUGAGAAUAUCAGUAGGCUAUUAAGUCUCAGUCCAUCAUGUGAAAUGUAUUUCUGUGAGUUGUAGUCCUAAAUACAUUUAAUAAAUGGUCAAACGUGCGUGUAAACUGCACACCAUACCAGUUAGAAAAACAACCUGCUUAGACACAACUUAACUUUUGGACACACUGCAGACUAGGUUACAUUUGUAUCUUUUUAUCUAUCCAUGUCGAUACGAAAGAAAGACCAUUUUUAUUAUGCAAUCGUUGACUAUAUGUUUGUAGCCUCAUUGUUGGCGCAGCCUUUGGACAAAUUUCGCUGGUACCCGAUGAACCAACUGGAAAGACAGAACAGGGAGAGAGGCGCAGUCCAGUACUUUAUUUUCAAAUCUCUAGACUACCGAAUCAGACGUUGUCUAAACAUCUGUUUGAGGCUCCAUGGAGCCGCUGAAGACCAUUUUUAGCCGUGGCCCACUGUCAAACUGGAAAAGUUUGGAACAAUCACCAAAAGGGAACUUCACCAAUCCUGUGUGGACAGCGCUAUUCGAUUAUGAAGCGGCCGGGAAAGAUGAGCUCACCUUGCGCAAAGGUGACCUCGUAGAGGUUCUGUCGCUGGACUCUGAAAUCUCUGGAGAUGAGGGCUGGUGGGCGGGGAAGGUAAAUAAUAAAGUAGGCAUAUUUCCCUCGAACUACGUUUCUUUCAAGCCAAGUGGAUAUGGGAAACUACAAAGCGGUGCGGUGGUCGGGGAGCUGGGCCCAGCAGUGGGAGUGAGAGAGUUUGAUCCAGAGGCCAUCGAUUUUAGGGAACUAAGCCUUGAGGAGGUCAUAGGAGUCGGUGGGUUUGGCAAGGUGUAUCGCGGUACAUGGAGAGGUGGUUUAGUGGCCGUGAAAGCGGCCCGACAAGACCCAGACGAAGACAUCAGCGUGACAGCCCAAAACGUGCGUCAGGAGGCGCGAUUGUUUGCUAUGCUCACUCACCCAAACAUCAUCGCUCUCAAAGGAGUCUGUCUGCAGGAACCAAACCUAUGUCUCAUUAUGGAAUACGCAUCCGGUGGGGCACUCAGCCGGGCCCUGGCAGGCCGCCGCAUCCCGCCGCACGUCUUGGUGAACUGGGCCGUACAAAUAGCGAGGGGCAUGCUCUACCUGCACACCGAGGCCAUAGUCCCAGUCAUCCACAGGGACCUCAAAUCGAACAACAUUCUGCUGGCCCAGCCCAUAGAGGACGAGAGCAUCGAGGGCAAGACGCUAAAGAUCACAGACUUUGGCCUGGCCAGAGAGUGGCACAAGACCACCAAGAUGAGCACGGCUGGAACCUACGCCUGGAUGGCCCCCGAGGUCAUCAAGUCCUCCACCUUCUCCAAGGGCAGCGAUAUCUGGAGCUACGGUGUCCUGCUCUGGGAGCUGCUCACUGGAGAGGUGCCCUACAGGGGGAUCGAUGGACUAGCUGUGGCCUACGGAGUAGCUGUCAACAAACUCACCCUGCCCAUUCCCUCCACCUGCCCAGAACCCUUCGCCCAGCUCAUGGCAGAGUGCUGGGACCAGGACCCCCAUCGGCGGCCUGACUUUGCCUCCAUCCUGUCCCAGCUGACGGCCCUGGAGCAGCAGGUGAUGGAGGACAUGCCCCAGGACUCCUUCCACUCCCUCCAGGAGGACUGGAAGCUGGAGAUCCAGGACAUGUUCGACGAGCUCCGGGCCAAGGAGAAGGAGCUGCGUUGUCGGGAGGAGGAGCUGAAGCGGGCCGCGCUGGAGCAGAAGUCCCACGAGGAGUUCCUGCGGCAGCGCGAGCAGCAGCUGGCCCAGUGGGAGCAGGACGUGUUCGAGCGCGAGCUCAGCCUGCUCAUCCUCCACAUGAACCAGGAGAAGCCCAACGUCAAGAAGCGCAAGGGCACCUUCAAGAAGCACAAGCUCAAGGGCAAGAACGGCGAGAAGAUCGGCAUGCCGCAAGACUUUAUUCACAAGAUCACAGUGCAGGCGUCUCCUGGCCUGGAGAAAAGAAGGAAUUCUCCAGAUCUGGGUUCCGGCACCUCCCCUUCCAUUGGCCCACGCUUCCGAGCAAUCCAACUCAGUCCCAGUGAGAACAGCAGGGCAUUUGGUCUGAGCUCCAUGUGGCCCCUGGAGGCCCCGCCCACAAAGCAGGCCAAUGGGGACCUGAGGCUGGGCCCCCACUGGAGGCCCCAGAGCCCCAAGAGCCCCCAGAGCCCCAAAGUGCUUCGCCUCAGUCCUCAGGAAAGCAGUCUAUCAAUGAGAGCUAAACUCCUGGGGAUGGACAGCAAUGAGAACGGAGAUUCCAAGGACGACUUUGAGGAGUACAGACCGCCAACACCCCAGCCAGCCCUAAACGGUUCAUCAGUGAAGGAGCCUCACCGCCUGACCGUACCUCAGGGAGACUCUGGGAGUGAGGAGGGGGGCUCCCCGGCCGGCUCCCCCCAGCCAGAGCGAGGAUUCCUGGGCAGCACUGGCCCGCUGAGGACCACCCACCGGGCCCUGCUGGGAGGGGGGUCUCUCCUGGCCUCCGUGGCCCUGGGACGCUGUCUGGAUGUGCCCCCGCGGGUGCCCCCCAGGACUAACCACGCGCCCUUGGAGGAGCUCCACCGGAUCCCCUCGGAUAUGGAAAUCGCCGGCCCCAAAUCUCCCGCUUGCUCCCUGGAUCCCCCUACGGUGGAAGACCUCAUCACGUUCUCCAUUUCGGAACCCUUCCCGGCGACCCUCUUCGACUUCACCCUGCACCCUCCCGAGGUGAGGCCCCUGCCCCUCACGCCGCCUCCCCCGAAUCGCCGCGAUCGGAGUAGCCCUCGGACCCCCCGGACCCCCCCCACACCACGGCAGCACCCGGGUCAGGGCAGCCCAGGGGAGUGGGCUCUGUGCCCCCAUCACAGCAACGGGGAGCUCGGUGGGGGGGUUUGGAGCCCCGGGGUCGACAGUGCGAGGAUGGCGAGCCAGGGACUGUACUCCUCUCAGCUAGUUCUGGACCUGCCCCUGUGCCAAGACACGAUGGAGUCGGAGUAUAAACCCCUCUCCCUGUCCCCCAACCCUGGCCUGUUAAGCCCCAAAACACGCCGCCUGGAGGUCAGCGUCAUCCCCCGCCCGCGCCCCUCCCCCAACCGACCUCGCAUCGACCCCUGGAGCUUCAUCUCAGCAGGAGCUGGCAGGCGACAGCCCCCGCUCGCAGACAGUCACACGCUGAGCUACCAGCCCUCACCCACCAACCCCUUCACCAACUGUGACCCCUUCCCUUCCCCAGACUGUGACCCCUUCGCACUCCGGGCAGACCCCGCGAGCACCCCAGACGCCCCGUCACCCUUCGACCCUUUCUCGGCCCCCUUUCCCACCUCCCGCUCCGCCCCCUGCUCCACAAAUGGGUCACCGACCCUGCCCACAGUCCGCUUGGGGCCUCUGAACCCGGCCAGCUCCCCCCUCAUUGACCUGGGGUGGCCAACCUGCAGUCCACCCCUUGAGGUCACCAAAGAAAAAACACGACCUCGGAGGACUUUGGGACUCAAACCGUUCAAGUCCCCCACGCAACUCAGAGACGACAGGUUCUAAACCCGACCUCGCCAGCAGGGCAUGAGGUCCGCCUCUCACAUGGAGGUUUUUAUUUGAAUUUGAAAUGAAAGGACGGCCUCCUUAAUUGGAUAGCCAGAGUGUGUAUAUCCUGUAUAAACAGGGAUUUGCAAUCCUUUAAAAUCUAAAAUGCACCAGGCCCUUCCACUCCAGGAGGAUACUUCCCUGUGGAAACCCAGAGAGCCCAAUCAGUGGAUUCUUCCGUCUAUCGACAACGGUUGCCUUAGAAACCAGGAAGCUACCCAGCCGUGUGAGCCGUGCUAUCUAUGCCGUGUGACGGAGUCGAAUGCCUGAAAGAGGAUUCUUGUCUCAUCCGUCUGCCCCCCACCCCUCUCUCUGAAGUGGCAGAUCAGUAGCCGUCUUCAGACUCAAUCAGACUCCUGGUAUCUCCACCUCUCAUCUCUACUACCUUUUGAAGCGUUUUUGACAAUGUUGUCCUGGAUACAGUAAAGCUCGCCUUAUCCUUCCCCACAGGCUCUUUAAGCACACAGGGCAAUCAGCGAGUCUGGUUUUGUGAGCAACUCCAUUCAGUAUUCUGUCAUUGACCUCUUGAAAAUGAUUAACACGUGUAAGGAAUGCGCUGGGAAGAUGUUAACAAACUAGUAAUGUGUUAAGGACCCCAGUCAGGCUGGGAGCGUGAGUUGGAGCAGUGGUGAGGUAAGGUAGUGUGUUCACUGGGAGAGCGAGCACUCAAAAUGGUUUCAAUAUCCCCUAGAAUUCUUCGGACAAACCAUGGUCCAGACAUCCACCAGGAAGCAGAUAACUUUCCAAUAACAUUCCAAUGAUGGCAUUCCUGGAAUUCUAGUGGUUAUUGGGCUUGUUGGCAACAAAAUGUAAGGGGCGAAGGGAGCAGCCCUGUUAUAUGCCAAAGAAUGUGACUGCUUGUGUACAGGAUUCAGGGAGAGUGGGAGGGGCCAUAACCAUUGCCUUUUACUUUUCAUUGGUCCAGUAUUGUCUGUCAUGUUUGGCUCUUACGACUCAGAAUUCAUUGCUAGAUGGAUCCAAAUGUAAGGGCAUUUAUUUCUCACAGGCAUUAUUUUAUGGCCCACAGCUAUAAGUGUUGUCAUAAUUGGAGACCCAAUAACAGCAGUUCAGAUACAGCCAAUACAAAAAGCAGAGUCAAGUCAGUUUAUUUGUAUUUCACAGAUGAAAACAAGCGAUGGUUAACCCAAGUGCUUUACACAGUAAAAGUAAAGGCAACAGAAAUGUACAAAUUAAACCAACACAGCAACAAAACCCUUAUAAACACAUCUGGAAACACCUAGAAAGCCAGAGAGAACACGUGUUUUUUUGUUGUUGCCUGGAUUCAAAACAUGCGAUGGUGGGGGCAGAUCGAACAUGGAGAGGGAGGUUGUUCCACAACUUGGGCCCAGCCACAGAACAAGCAGGAUCACCUUUUUGCCUCCAACGACUGUCGCAAUGUCAUCGCAGUACUUAAGCUAUUAUGUUCCAGGGAGUGGAGUCCAAUUGAAGUGGGAAACAUUGUCAUUAAACUAAUUCUAACUCUAAUUCCGACAAAGAGCAAUUCCUGAUGAUGGUAAUUAGCCUUGCGACGACGACAGGGUUCGUUUAAUGAGCAAUUGAGAUAUUUGGCUAAUUGAGUUUCUCUUGUAUAUUAUAAGGUAUACUUACGAGUCUAUUUCGGUUUAAUGAAUCUGAUGAAGUUGCUAGAGUAGCUUGGGUGAAGAUGUCAGAGGACAUACCCCACUUUCAGAACACAACCCUGUAUGGAAAUCGACAGCCUCUCCUGGCAGAGCCUAUCCCUUUGUAGAGCCAAUGAGGUUACAUGUCCACUUUUUCACGAUUUUUGUGGUGCCAUUGGCUAAUGAACUACUGACUGGACUGAAUCUCAACCAAUAAGGUGCCUUUCCCUCUCUACCUCUCCUCCCCUUAUGUGAAAUCAACUGCAAUGAAAUACCUUUCAUUCUUCUUUAUAUCCCAUCUUCUAAUUCUGUUCUAUGCUAACCUGUCCUGAGAAUGACAUACUAGUCCACUCUCAUAAUGUCAAAAGAAGAUACCUCCCAGAAUAUAAGUAUUUCUUCAUGUACCAGUUGUACAGAAGACUUUUAGUGAGAUUUAUUUGGGUUGAAAUCAGAUAAACUCCAAAGUUUCUAAAAUGAUCCUCUUCAAUGAGGGUUAUUCAUCUGCAAAAAGGCAAAGAAAAGUGCAGCGAUUUUUUUUAAUCAACCAUAAGAGAAAUCCCCCAAAACAAGUAAUGAAGGUUAGAGUAUUUAUGAUUUAUAAACCAGUUGUUACAAAAAACGUUGUACUAAGCUGGGACUUUCGUGGCCCUGCCAACCAAUUCCCUGUGAUACAGUGGUCAUAGAUUUAAAAGGAAUAGUGGCCUUAGAAUUAAUCAUGAAUUCAAUUUCUUUUCACUGUGGCUUUAGUACUGUUACAUCUUCCUAUAUUGACCUUUCAGUCAACCCAACAGCCCAUGGUGUGUCUACACGACAUAUAUGCACUGUCACAGAGCUGGGAGAUUGAAUAUAAAGCCACUACCCUUGCUUUUUCCCUCCUAUGAGACCGCCCCUAAGAUGUGACAGGUGUGUUAUUGCCUAUAGCCCUAAUCCACAGAAGACGCCUUAGUGCCUUAGCUUCAAACAGGCAAAGUCCACAAGAGCUAUAUCCUCUCAUCGCUAUUACGGAGGGUGGAAGUCACGACUUUGACAACCAUGGUUCAAAGAGGAACGAGGUGUGAGGGUUGAGGUGGUGUUGGUUCUUUAUUUGCCAUUCAGUAGCCACAAUACCAAGCCCUAACCCACUCACUCUGUAAUCAUCCAGCAUGUCUUAUCUGUAGACCUGGAUAGACCUAAGGUUUAUGCUAGCAGCUGUAGUCAGUGUGUUGUUGAAAAAUAGAAAGAGCUCACAACUUUGUUUGGAUGUUGUGGGAUUUCUGUCCUUCCAAGAGCAGAUUUGUUUCCCAACAUUAUAUAUAGGAGAUGUGACUUUACUUGGCUAAAUUAUAGGGUAUUUCUGACAAAAAUACAAGCUACAAAAAGCCUGCUUUUGUGGCCUUUUUUCUGGUGCGUACUAACAGAGCGAUUCCAUGUAACCUUUACAACAAGCUUUGAGGUAGUCACUAUAUGUUAAUAAAUCAUUUGUAAUCUCAGAAAAACAUACAUAGAACACCCGACGCAAUCCCUUUAAGUCGUAUCUCCUUUCAGUGCCCCGUUGUUCACCACUUCUCUGAUUCUGUGACCAGUGGCGUGACCGCGACAUAGUUUUUUUUUUACAGGAAAGGCUGAUUUUCCUGGUUGCCUGUCAGGUCUGGGCCUGUCACCUGACUGACAGCUAGACAAAACGGCGCUCCCAAUAAGAAGCUCUUCAGGAGUUGUUUGUGACAUGCCGCUCUUUCGGGCGUCGCCUCAUUCGUCUUUGCAAAUCUGUAUUUUGAACGGUUUUGACAGGGCAAGUGAAACAUACCCUUGCUGAAGAAGUAGGCACGCUUUUACACACACACACACACACACACACAGAACAUUACUAGGGUGCUAUUUCGUAGAUUCAAGCUCUAUUAAUUAUCCUCCCUAAGUGUCCGUGUGACCGUGUAAUUCUUUCAGGGGUAGGGGUUAGUGACAUAAGCAAAUUACAGUUGCUCAUUUGUUUUUCUUCACUUUCCAAAUCCCACUUAGUUAAUGAAAUCGAUGACUUCAGCCAAGGCCAGGGCACGCUUCUUAUUUACCCAGGAUGAUGGCCCUUUCCCUUACAGUGUAUUUCUUAUAUUGAAUGAUUGAGAAGCGAAAUUAGAAACUCCGCUUUGAAAUUUGACCCGCACGCAAGUGAACAGCUAUCAGAGUGGCUUUUGCAUUUCUCUCAAGAUGUAGGUACGGAAAUACCUGCCCACACCUUUAUUCAGUGCGAUGUCAUCAAACAAACAAACCAAAACACGAUUUAAAACUACGUUUUACGGUCAUGUGGAGGCGGUUAGACCCCCGGGGUGCCACAGGCAGCAAGGUGUCUGGCCUCACUUAUGUUUCAGCUCUUUUAAGUAUUAAACAUUAUUUGCAAUCCGUUUCAGGCCGAGGCCUUAAUUUCUCCUUAUACCAUCUGCUGUUCCUGCUCCGAUGAUAACAUUUAGAACCCCAAUUAUGUGCGACAGGGUGAUGGCGACUGAUUUGUUUAAAAGACAAUGGAAUGCAGCAGGCCCAGUGUUGAGGUUUUUCAUACAUGCAGGUCUAAACGUGUGUUUGGUUUAAUUUAAGCAGUUAUUAAGUCCCAGGACUAGGCACUCCUCAUAUUUCCACUGCCAGACUGCUAUUGCUAUUGUCUUGUCUGGAUGUUGACGUCUUGGCAGAACGGACUAGAGAUAAUUUACAAUGAUUUUUUAAAUGUGCAAUUGACAACUUUGUGCAGGACAUUGUAAUAUUUUAAGGCAGUCCUAUAACCAAUUUUGUUCAUUUCAAGGGAUAUGUCUGGAGACGUCAAAGCCCUUUGACAUUGACAGAAAGAGGAAGAAAGGAACCCAAUCAGAUUCAUCACUAAAUAUUUGGUUGGCCAUUUGCUUCUUCCCCUGCCUAUUUGGUAACUUUAAACAGAAAGCACACUCAAAAUUUGGGAAGCUUUGAUACCCCAAAACCAUCAAGACAUUUUGUUGAAUGACCAGCCCAGGUCCAAUUGAACAGACAUGGCUAUAGGAUAUGGCGAAUGGUGCAAUUUCCAGAUUUUUGUGUGGUGGAAAUCUAUUCUACUCACAACAUCUGAGUACUGUUAGAACUCCGGCCUGUGAAAGCCUGUGGUGAACUUUCUAUGAAGCUUAGGAUAUGGGAAAAAUGCAGAUGAAAUUUUAUAUUUUAUUUAUGAUAGGCACCUUUUUACACACUGGAUUUUUGUUAAGAGGACUACAGACAGACUCUACUUUAGGUGCUUGAUAUUGUUUGGCAACGUUUUCCUUCCCUUUUACUUUUAGGUAUUCACUGGAUUAUUUAAAAUGGGAUCAGUUGCUAUUUGAGUAUGGGUGCUUUGCAUGGGAUACUUUUCUUCCGCUUGAAAAAUGUGUUGGAAUAUCCGAUUUUUUGGAGCAAAAAAAUGUCUUCACUUGAUAAUUCUACCCACUUUGAAGGGUUGUUCUGGCCUGUAAAUGAAACUAUAGAAUCUCCCAUCAAGUGCUGCCACAACGUCCCUCUAAGGCACCCAAACCGGAGUAUAUGUGCAUAAAACUGCUAUAUUUGUCGAGAUAGAGUUGAGGUCUCUGAUACUGCUUGAACAUAGUCGACAACCUGGUGUCACCUCCGCUCUGUCUCAGUAGACUAUCUAUUUGCUUUGUGUUUGAGUCAUGUUCCUCCAUGUGUCUACUAUGUUGUUGUAAGGGUGAGCUAUUUAAAGACCAUCGUGUUGCAUUGCAUCGCCAUAAUACAACCCCACAUUUGACUGUGCCCGUAUAAGAAGUGUGUUUAUCUUUCUUUCUUUUUUUUUAGGAGGGGGGGGGGGAUUUCGAGAUAUUCUGUUGUUAUGUUGCCAAUGUUGUGUGUCUGUGAAAUCUCACACUGGGCUGGGCCUAAUCAAACUCUUUUUAUAAUAUUGUGCGUUGUGUGUUUAUCAUUCCGUAUGUGAAAACGUGUUUUGCCAUUUUUGUUGACUAUUGUAAUGGGUUUUAACCUGUGGAAAAAAGCAACAAGCAAGAAGACCAA